CUGCUGCGACGUAACGCUGUUAUACAAUUUAUUGCUCACAAGUGCAUGUCUUAUUAAUCGUUGAUGGUACAUAUCGCCAUUUGUCGUCUGGGGAUUGGGACAAUUGUGUGAAAGCUAAAGAGCGUUCUAGAAACUACAUAUGGUACAUGUGAUAAAAUUUUAUUGAAUAUUCGUUUACAGAGAAGAAUGGGACUUGAAAUAAAUGAAAAAUACCAAACAUCGUGAGUAAACUGAAAGUGAUAUUUUAUUUAAAAAUGUCAGACCAGGGCGAACAUUACCACCGGCAACAUACAAAUCGUGUGUCUUCAACAAGUGACGUUAGAAUAGGGCAAAGAAACCAGAUGUUUGCGCGCUCACCACAUCCAUCUCAUUCGGGUGGCUUAGAACGAGUUGAAGAAGAAUCGAGUGCUGUGGUGGAUUCUUCAACUGAUCAUAAAUACAGACCAGCUUAUAUGUAUUCAAAUCAUCAUGGCAUGGAGCAACAAAAUGUCUCUCACAGCAACAUGACAUUCAAGAGAUCUACACAACAAGGAUAUUUUCGUUUCCCCAUUACACCUCCAUAUUAUGAUAAUAGGUACAGUUGUACAAACCCAAUGUGUAGAGAAACACAAUAUUGCUAUGAACAUCAGAUGAAUCCAUACAUCAGUUCUUCAGUACCAAUGCCUUCAAGUCCAUUUAUGCACGAUUGCUCUUUUCCGCGUCAAGUAUGCCGCAAAUCUCCCUUGUUGCUGAAUCAAAAUGCCAUAAAAUCAAGAGUAGAAGAUGAUGUAUUAAGACCAAAACAUGAAUGGCCGAUUGCUUACAGAUCAAAUCAUAUAAUGACGGAUCCACCGACACCAACAACUCCUGCCCAGCAUUUGGCAACAAUAUUCAAUAGUAAAGACAAUACUAGCAUACCUCCUUCAACGGCAACAUCAUUAAGAUCAAGUAAUCUGGAACCGUUUAUGCAUCCGUCAAAUUUUCCCAGUCCAAGACAAUCCGCGCGACUAACGCGAAAACGUGCAAUGUCUACUUCGCCAGCCUUGUCCAUUGAUUCAAUUGAUAUAAACAGUUUGAUUCGUACAUCUCCCGACUCCCUGAUUGCUUACAUAAAUGCUCCUAGAUUAUCUUCGGCUGGCUCGUACGGUCAUCUUAGCGCCAGUUAUAAGUCCUCGCCAAAGCCACCACGGUCAUCUUUAAUGCGUUCACCAAUGUUCGGCUGCUGGCAAACAACACCAACAUUAGGUGUGAGACCAAUGUCGUCGCAACAUAGUGAUCAGAAAGACAAAGAACCUGAGGUGAAGCAGACAAUUGUUAAGGAAGAAAAUACCUGUAGUGACAAAGAUAUUAAACAUGAAAAGAACGAGAAAGAGGAUAACAUGAUUGUUGACGAAAAAUUGCCUUCAUUCACUUCUUAUACGGAAACGGACAAGCGAGAGUCUGAUGCAGAAAACGAGGAGAACAACGAAGGAGUAGGAAAAGAUAAAAACAACAACAAGUUUUUAUGUCAAUGGAAAGACUGCAAUAUUUUGUUUCAAACACAAGAAGACUUGGUCAAACAUGUGAACACAGAUCACAUCAAAAAAGAAAAAAGAGACUUUACUUGUCAUUGGAUUGACUGUCAACGUGAACAGAAACCAUUCAAAGCUCAAUAUAUGCUAGUUGUUCACAUGAGGCGACAUACGGGAGAAAAACCUAAUAAAUGCUCAUUUAAAGGUUGUAACAAAGCUUACUCGAGACUUGAAAACUUGAAAACUCAUGAGAGAUCUCAUACGGGAGAAAGACCAUACGUGUGCGAGUUUGAAAAUUGUACCAAGGCAUUUACAAACGCAUCUGAUCGGGCUAAACAUCAAAACAGGACACAUUCAUCGGUGAAACCAUACAUUUGCACUGUUGAAGGGUGCACUAAACGUUAUACGGAUCCAAGUUCUCUCAGAAAACACAAGAAAACAUGUCACCCAGAACAUUUCAAUGGAGCCAAAAAGCCGAAAGUUGACGAAGGGAAACGCAAACAACCAAAUGAAGAGACUAAGAAUGUUGCUGGAGAGACUAAAAGCUCGACGACAAAUAACAGCUCAAUAAAGAGAAAGACGCAAAUUUCAAAUCAAUCAAAUAGAACAGGUGAUCAGUCAAGCAAAGGUAGUAAAGAUCCAAAGGAUAGUGGACAAGGAAAGAAUAUGCUAAACCUUCAACCAGCCGAGUUUUCACCACAAAGCUUUAGCGGUGAGUUGACGUCAUCUUCUAGCUGUGUCGAUAGUCCACAUUCAACACAUGUAGCUUGUGAAGAAACGGACGAAAAUCCCAUAAGUCCCGCGACAGUUGGAACUCAAAAUAAAAGUAAUACGUCGUCAAAAUCACCUAAAGCAAAUGAGAUGCGCUCGUUCCAAGAUCGCCGUGAAAUGCCAGAACUUGGUCUUGGUGGAGGUGGUGAUGUUCUUGUUGAAAAUCUAAUUGUACCAAAUCGGCUGUCACUACCCACAAUCAAUAAACAAAAUGAUGUAGGUAAAUGGGUUGCAGACGUAACUCAGAGUAUGAACCACGUCAACAGGUAUCCAAACGAGCUCAGAGAAAACUAUGCAGUAGAUUAUAGUAGUAGACGAUCAAGCGAAAGUGGAGUAUCAUCAUAUAUAAGUAGCCGAAGAUCAAGUGAAAUGAGUACAGUAACUAAGCAACCAUACACUACUGUACCAACAGUUGUUGAAGAGACUGUAAAUGAUAUAUUCUCACCAAAUAAACAUACCAAUGAUGCACAAAAGCAACAGCAAUUUCCGCCAAUCAACCAAUGGAAUCCAAGACAUUCUCCUGCACCUGAUGCACUCCACAUAGAACAAAGACGCUCCAGUAGUGGAUACGGAAGCCAUCAUAAUCUUGCAGUUAUUCGAAGCCCGGUAUUCCAUAAAGUACCAAUGCAGAACUCUACAGAGCCUUUACCAAACAGACGCAUGAGUGAUAGCAUCAUAUGUGAAGCGGAUAGUUCCAACAGAUAUCUACCGAUAAAGAAUAACAAUAUGGGUUCACGUCGAAGUAGCGAGCCAGUUACUAAUUACUAUUCCAAUGGAUCAAGUGAUUUACAUUCUCAAUAUUACCCACAAAUUAGGCAAAAUGGAUCAAGUGAUUUACACUCUCAAUAUUACCCACAAAGUAUGCAAAACAUACAGCAUACAUUAGAAAGCAAUUAUGGACCACAUAACAUGAUAAACAACCAUCGAGCACAUUCACGACCACAGCCCUUAGAUAGAGGACAAAAACUCUCACACUAUCCUUACUCCAUUGAAGAAAGAAACUCGCCGUAUCAACCAAAUCCACCUAAUCACAACGUAAGAUGUAAGCCACCUCAGCCAAACUUGCAGCAAACAACAAACUUGUGGCAACACGAACACCAUAUAAAUCAACAACUACUAAAAGUGAGAGAUCGAGAGAGUCAAUGUACUAUUUUACCUGGGCAAAUCUAUCAAAAUGACGUCAACGGAAAUACUAUGAAUCAGCAACCAGGAGUUGAGUGUGAUCAGAUCGUGAAUAAUCACGGAGCAGAGGGCUCUUACGAAUCCAUGUUAAACGGGAUAAACAAUUUAAAUACCAACGACAUGGCACACGAUCCUGGUUUACAAAACAUACCAUCAAACAUGGUUAUAAAUGAUAUGAACACUUUGUUGAAUUCAUUAAUAGAAGAAGAAAGGUACUUAGAUAAAAAUCAAGCGCAAAACAAUAUGACCAGUAUGCUUUCGCAUAUUUUUUAAUGCAACAUAAAGACGCAUUCCAAAAGCUGUAAAGUCAUGCAUAUUUUAUUUUACUUUAAGAUGUCCUUUACUUGCAAUAAUUUAAACAGUAGUACGUAGUUAGUUCUCGGAGAUGCCUUUUCAUUAUCAAAAGAUAGAAAAUACCUUGGCAUCAUUACUGUAAAUACUAAUACUAUAUAAACACUAUAUUUUGAGUAAAAAAAACACACUCUCUACAA